CCUGCAUGCGCUGCAACAAUCAGAACUACCCUGGGAGCUCCACCACCACCACCUACUCAAGUUAAACCUUUCGAUGACAAUGUUUCCUCAUCCCCCAUCAGGUCUUACAGGACUAUGCCUUCACCCAUUAAAACUGUUGUCCAGCUGGGUCAGUACCCUGUGCAGGGGUCUGCCAGCCUUGUGUCUUCUGGAAGCCCAUGUAAACUUGCCACAGACCCAACAUCUAUCAAAAACCUUGCUUCAGCAUACACAUCAAGGACUUCCCCACUUCACUCUAUACCAAAUGGUUCUGUACCAGAGAGGCCAUCAGCUUCUCUUACUGCUCCAGCAUCGCCAAAGUCCUCUUACAACUUGUACAAUUCUAAUUUGCCUUUUAAAACUGCCCUUGGGUCCACAAUUGUGACAGAUUCCUCUGUUAAAAGUAUGUCAGGCCUGUCCUCAUUGAAAACCUCUGUAGAUUCAACACUUUCAUCAAGAGGAGGAAGAUCCUCCCUCUCAUCUCUCUCCUCAACUGGACAGACAACCAUAGCUUCCUCAGAAUUGUCCAUGAUGAAUGGAUCAGUCUCUCCAGUUAAAUAUCCAUCCUCUUCCUCAACACCAUCUUCCCCUUCGUCUCGCCAUCUCUCGGAGAGAAGUAGCAGCCUUCAGGAGAGAAUACAGGCCACCACCCAAGCAGCAACCUCUGGUGUUAGCGCAGCCAUAAAUGAAGCUAUAGACUCAUGUUCUGUGUCAGGCUAUGGCACUCUUAGAUCGUUGUCCACCUCACGUAGGCCUGCAGCAGCAAGCUCUACUUAUGGUUCUUUAAGAUCUGUAGCUGCCUCCUCCAGUUUGGCAGUUUCUUCUAAUACAGUAACUGCACCCGUGUUUUCGUUAGUCAAUGUCAUUCCAGAGACCCCUGUCAAACCAGGGCCAGGGUCUCUCAAAAUGGCACUGCCUGAUUCUUCCCGUGCCUCAUCUUCAUAUUCUUCCUCUUUGUCUUCCUGUGUUACUGGAUCAAAAAUAAAGUCCCAACUUAAAUCCCCUCCGUUUAUCACGCCGGCCAUCAUCCACCCAACGGGAACUUCAAACCAGGAGAUACUGAAAGAUGUAGCAGACAUGAAAGAGGAUCUGAUCAGAAUGACCGCUAUCCUACAGACUGACACACAGACUGCAGCUAAAACAGUUCAAACAUCACAAACUGGCACUCCUCAAGAAACCAAGUUGGAGGAUGAGGAGGCUUUUACAUUAGUGGAGAAAGUUAAAGAAGACUUAGUUAAGGUCAGUAGGCUAUUACAGAAAGAUAUCAAGACUGAGAGUAUGGCUAAUGCAGGUAAAGAGAGAACAUCUGAGGAUGAAUGGGAAGAAUUUUCAAAAGAUGAAAUUGAGGAGGCGCAAAGCUGUGCCCUCUCAGACUAUGACUCUCCCUUUGAGCAAAAUACUCUCCUUCUGAAGCCGCAGUCUAUCUCAAGCAAAGACUUAGAGUUGAGUAAAGUAGUAGACUAUUUAACAAAUGAUAUUGGUGCCAGCUCUCUUUCCCGAAUGGCAGAGUUGAAAAGUAGGCACGAGGAAGAGGCAAAACGGGAAGGGGAAGAGAAACAGAAACGUGUUCUCAAACCAUCAAUGUCAAUACAAGAGCACAAACUCAAAAUGCCUCCACCUGUCUCAGGCAUGCUCAGGUCUCCAUCAGAGAAGGACUUAAGCAAACUUGCUGAGUCAUCAUAUCAAGGGAUUGACACUAUCUUGGAGUCCCCAGAGGACCUGUCUCAUGACCAGGAUAAGAGUCCCCUUUCAGACAGCGGUUUUGAGACCAGGAGUGAAAAGACACCCUCUGCUCCUCAGAGUGCAGAGAGUACAGGACCAAAGCCUUUAUUCACAGAUUCGCCCAUUCCUCCCUGUGUUACUGAAACCAGGACUGAAGCGGUCCAGAUGAGGGGCUUUGAACAACUUGAUGAUCCUUGUGGGCCUAUAUUCACUGAGGAGGCUGCAUGUGCUUUCCCCUCUUUAGAGCCAGAUGCAGCUUCAAUGAACUCCAUGAAAGCCUUACAAAUGAAAAUACCGGAAGACAACAAAAGUGUGUGUCUUAAAGAGGAAACUCAUAUUACUACUACUACUAGAAUGGUCUAUCAUAAGCCCCAACUGACUGAUUGUGCAGACAUGAUAGAGGAAGGUAUGUCAGUUAGAGAUAUCAUGAAAGCAUUCCAGUCAGGUAGAGACCCAUCCAAAGAUCUGGCAGGCCUUUUUGAACACAAGGCUAGCCAGGAUUCAGUCAAAGGUGAUGAGCUGACUCCUAGGUUUCUUGACAGAGACAUUAAAUCCAAACCUAAAGUCGAAAGGAUAAUUGAGGUGCAUAUUGAAAAGGGCCACAGCACAGCAGAGCCGACUGAGUUUAUUAUCAGGGAAACCAAGAAACACCCUGAGCUUUAUGUCUACAAAGGUGACCAUGGGAUUAAGGAACUAACUGAUUACGAUGAAGCCCAACAGGAAGAGGAGGAGCUUACUGUUGAAGAAUCCCUGCCUUCCUUUCUAGAUACAUCUCGUGUUAACACCCCAGUGUCACAGGAGGAGGACAGUCGCCCAAAUUCUGCCCAGUUGGUAGCAGAUGAUUCUUAUAAAGCCCUAAAACUAUUGAGCCAGAACUCCAUAGAAUACUGUGAUGAUGAACUAUCAGAAAUCAGAGGCGAGUCAUAUAGGUUUGCUGAGAAAAUGCUCCUCUCGGAGAAACUUGACACAUCUUCACUUUCUCACUCUGACACAGAGGAUUCAGCAAUAUUGACUGACAAAAAACGCCACCAAGUUUCUGAGGAGAGUGGUAGCCGUGGUACUGAGAGUCAUCAGCAUGGAAUCCCAAAAAGAGAGUUUGCUUCUAAGUCUUCAAAAGACGGGUCCCCAAUAUCUGGUAAAUUUGUGCAGCGGGAUGAACCAUCUCAGUUUGAUAAGGUGACAGUGCUUCAUUACUCCACAGAGCAGGGCAGCCCCAAACAUGCUGUUUGGAUGCGAUUUACAGAGGAUAAACAUGACAGGAGCAGGGAUAAGCUUCUAUAUGAGGAUAGAGUGGAUCAAACUGUAAAGGAAGCUGAGGAAAAACUAAGUGAGGUAUCACAGUUUUUCCGUGACAAAACAGAAAAGCUCAAUGAUGAGUUGCAGUCCCCGGAAAAAAAGCCUGUUAGACGAGAGCCAAAGGAACCCAGGUCAUGGCCUAACUCAGCAUGCAGUACUCCUGAGAAAACACCACAGAAACCUAAACCAGAGGAGGGCUUCAGUAAAAGCAAACUUAAAGAGCCUUCUGUUGGUAAAAUGUUUGACCGUACCACUAAGACAGAAAAGAAAAGUUCAAGCUUACCAAGCAGUCCCCAGAAAAGCAUGCUCCCUCAUAGCAAUGAGGACACAAUUAAACAACAAACAAAAACCAAUGAAUCUGAACCCUCUUCUCCCUCUCGUGUACAAUCAACAUCCAAAGUCAGUGCUGUUAGGAUGAAGUUCGAAUCUGAGGCUCAGAAACAAACUCUGUCUAGUCCAACCAAAGUCCCUCCUCCAGUGCAGCCAAAACCAUCAGUAAAGAAACUACAGGAUAGCAAACUGCCUGUUUAUCAAUUUUUCACUGGAGGAAAAACUUCAAAAGUAUCUGAAACUUUAGAAGAAGUAAUCCCAAAAAGGGAUAAUGAGAAGGAGACAUGUGCUUCCCCAGACAGUAAACCUGCUUUAAAAUCACCAACAUCUAAAGCCCCAAAACAAACAAUAGAUAAGUCACCUAACAAAAAUAUUGCAGGGCCCCCAUUGCAGACACAAAUUAGUGAAACUGAGAGUCAAAAAGCAACUACUCAAGGUAAAGCUAUAUCUUCCGCUGUUACUUGGGACAUUAAAGAAAGCAAUAAAGGUCAGGAAGUUCAGGCACCUGUUGGCCAUAAUAAUACUAGAUUAUUACAGAAAAGUAGUGAUCCUACAAAGUGUCAGCAAGUCACCAAAACUGAGUCUGCUUCCGAAGAAGCGAUUGCUGAGAUUUCAAGAAAAGACACUGAAGAAAUACUGAAUAAAAACCUUAGGAAAAAGACAGAAUCGCAAAUUCCUGUAAGAUUGCCUUCUACUUUGGAUAAUGACCUCACAAAGAAACAGACAAAGCCAUCACAGAUACCGACAUUAUCUAAAAACAAAAUACAGACGAGCCCUGUGACAACCCCAAUAAAAACAGAUGAAAAUCGGACUUUUGAAAUUUUAGAUAAUUCACCUAGAGACUCCAACUCAAAUAACCUUCCAAGCCCUAGAGACACACUGGAGAAAGUUAUAACCCCUCCCACUAAUACAACAACCAAAGAGAAUUGUAAAGGAAUCAAAACAUUACCUGUUUAUGUCAGUGUCCAGGUCGGAAGGCAGGCAGAGAGGGAAGCCAAGGGGGCACUUUACACAGUCAAGCAGAAAUCUAAUUUGGCCCUCAGCCCCAUAAGCCCGGAUGAUGAUACACUAGAACAGGUCUCUUUCAUAGAUAGCUCAGGAAAAAGCCCCAUUACACCAGAGACCCCCAGCUCUGAGGAGGUCAGCUAUGAUCUUACGACCAAGACCCCUGAUGGCUUUAUGGGGUUCAUGCCAGGACAACCCAGCCCUAUCAUGGAGGUAUCUGAAGAAUCAGAGGAAGAUAACCAAAGCAAAGUUGUUUUCUCUUUUAAAGAAGCCCUACCAGAAAGCAAAACUAGUUCUUACAGCACCCAAGCAGACCUUGCUAAUGCUAAUGAGCAAGAAACAAAAGAUAAUGAUAACCAGCAAGAACUAGUUGAUAAUUUCAACCGGCAAGAAACAGAAGCCAAUGGCAGGUAUAAUCAAAUGACAGAACAUGAGCAUCAACAGGUCUCAAAAGACAAAGGUAUUGCUUAUAUUGAGUUCCCACCCCCUCCCCCUCUGGACUCUGCUUCAGAAAUUUCAGACGGAGAAAGGAAGGGUUCCUGUGCCUCUUCAGAGACUGAGACAGAAAUGAUGGAGGUUAACUUACAGGAAGAACAUGACAAGCAUUUGCUAACAGAGCCAAUAAUACGUAUCCAACCUCCUUCGCCUGUGUCCCCAGAGGAAGAUGACAGUCAAUCAAAUGAUAAAGAUGAUGAUGGGUCAAUCUUUCAACCAAUUCCUUGUAGGAAACUUGGUUUCAAAGAUCCUGAGGAUGAGGAGAAUAGGAAGGAGAGAGAAAAGGCCUCAAUAUCCAAAAAACAUGACAAAAACGGAAACAAGGAACCAAAUGGUGGGACAAAUGGCUCUAAUGGUUCCAAUGGCAAAGGAGAGGACUAUGAAUAUGAACAUGAACAAAAUGGAAAUGACCAGUCAAUCACAGACUGUUCUAUAGCCACAACUGCAGAAUUUUCUCAUGACACAGAUGCCACAGAGAUAGACUCCCUAGAUGGAUAUGAACUUCAAGAUGAGGAUGAUGGACUGUGCGAGCAGGCAGAUUUACGUCUGUUUGGCCUUCCAGACAGUCGGAGAGACGUCUGGGCAACAGACACAUUUAGGUCCACGGACCGCUCUUUUCCUCCAACCAAACUGGAAGUUAUUGAAGAAGAAAAAACCCCAGAGGAAUGUCAAAAGGACACAUUCAAAAAUGAUACCCCCUCUAAUGGUGGGAUACUUGAUGGUGUUGGUAAGGAUGGGGUGAAAAGUCAGGAACAAAAUAAAUCAGAUAAAGAGGGCUUUUCAGACACUUACUUCAGUUAUAAGUUAGAAGAGGAGUUUAACUCUCCUUUUAAGACUGUUGCCACAAAGGGGCUAGACUUUGACCCCUGGCCAAGUAAAGGUGGAGAAGAAGAAAUUGUUGACAUGGGAGGGACAAAGGGAAGCAAUGGUGAGCCUAAGCCUUUUGGACUGGCAGUGGACGACCAGUCUCAGGCUACAACACCAGACACUACCCCGGCCCGAACACCAACAGACGAUAGCACGCCGACGAGCGAGCCAAACCCAUUCCCCUUCCAUGAAGGGAAAAUGUUCGAGAUGACACGCAGUGGUGCGAUUGACAUGAGCAAGAGGGACAUGGUGGAGGAGAGGCUCCAGUUUUUUCAGAUUGGCCCUCAGAGUCCCUGUGAGAGAACAGACCUUCGUAUGGCAAUAGUAGCCGACCACCUCGGACUCAGCUGGACUGAGCUGGCCAGGGAGAUGGAUUUCUCUGUGGAUGAGAUCAACUUUAUCAGAGUGGAGAACCCCAACUCCCUGACAGCACAGAGCUUCAUGCUCCUAAAGAAAUGGGUGCACAGGGACGGUAAAAACGCCACAACGGAUGCUUUAACUGCGGUGCUGACUAAGAUCAAUCGGUUGGAUAUUGUGACUUUGCUGGAAGGGCCCAUAUUUGACUACGGUAACAUUUCAGGCACACGCUGCUUUGCCGAUGAUAACGCAGUAUUCCCGGAUCAGUCCGAUGGAUACGACAAUAUAGAACUGGAACUGCAAACCCCCACAGAACUGAACUACCAGCCCCCCACCCCUCUUCGCUCAGACGACUUCUUUAGUGAGGGCGAUGCUAGCGCAGACUCCCCUAGCAAGAUCACGCUUACUAGACCUAGCGACCUCUCUCUCACUCAGACCACCAGUACUUCCAGCAGUGACCCCCCCACUGUCGCCCCAGGCCCCGCCUCCAGUGCCGCUCAGCCGCCCAUCGUUGGGGCAGAAGACACAGCGUUGACCACUGGAGAAAGGGAGAUGUCUAAAGAUGAAAAGACAAGGCUGGUUUAUUAUGACAGGCCAGAUAAUGACAGAAGGGCAGUAGAGCAAUCAGGAAAGGGAACAGAGGGGCGCGCUGAGCCCUUAGAGAUAGAACUGAUGGCAGGGGAACGCUGUGUUUUGGAGAGUCAGGGAGAGGAUGUCGCCUCAGAAACACCUCCUGGAAAUGAAAGGCAUGAAGAAGAGGAAGAGGAGGAGAUGACCCCGGAGAGGCUGCAGAGUCUGCUGGAUGAUAUAAAGCAGGAGGGAGGCUCCGAGGACGAGGAGAUGACAGAGGAGAGGAUGAAUGCUAUUCUCGAACAACUGCACCAAGCAGAAAAAGACGUGUGUUCAGUUCCAGGCUGGAGAAACGAGACGUCCGGCGCAACCUUAGAGUCAGCAGCCUCCGGCCACAGCCCCGGCACCGAGGAGGGCAGCCCCGACAGCCUGGCUGAUUCUUUGGAGCAGCCCCCGGCUAAGGCUGUCAGACAGAACGGAGGUCACAUCGAUGCCGCCAGAGAAGGAAAGGAAAAUCAAGCCAAGAGGAAGGGAUCUCAGGAGGACAGCAGCACAGCGGGACCAAGUGGAGGACGGGAGGAGGGAGGAGAAAAGUCCCAGCACAAAGUCCAGGGGAUUGUUAUAGAUGAGUCCGGCUCCGAUGGGGAGACCACUGUCACCACCAGGGUGUUCCGCAGACGGGUCAUACUCAAGGGAGAGGACGCCAAAAACAUUCCUGGGGAGUCUGUGACUCAGGAGCAGUUCACAGAUGAAGACGGGAAUCUGGUCACCAGAAAACCUGGAGACAGUGCCAAUAAGAAACAAGGGAAGAAGAGUCAGUCAUAACAGUAGAGCACUCAACCUAACCAGGUCCAUGAUGUCCAUCUGCGACACUAAACACGCCCUGGGAGGAAAGACCAGAAUGGAAGCCUCGUCAUUCGGCCAAAAACGUGUCUGAAGCACUCACUUACAACGCAUGGUUUUCAGCAAGACAACAAGCUAAACUUUUCUUUGAUUUCGCAUGAGCAUGUCACCACAACUCACUCACUGUUGGAAACAACACGGGAGGGACACACGUGGACGUGAGCUGGAGCUUUCUUACAUUAUCUUUAACAUAUGGAAGGCGUGUGACCAAAGAUGGCACAAACAAGGAAAACUAAUCGCUGACAGAUGAGGAAGGCCUACGAUUCACUUUCUCUCCCAGACACUCGCCUUAUAUGGUCUACUUUUUCCUCCUGGACCCGCAGUAUUGGGGUGUACCAUGUGGUUCUUUUUUUAAAAAUGAAAUAUAAUAGUACAUGGGUGAUUUUUGUUGUAUAUAAAUGACACUGUAUAAAAUGAAAAAAAAAAAUAGAAAUCAGUAGCUUCACAGAUUGUUUAUGCACUGAUUUGAGUUGAAGCUUUGCCGAGUCGGUGCAUUUGUAUUGAGGUCGACACUGUUUGAGCAGCCUUGAGUGCGACCUGCCAUGCUCGUCCCAAAUGAAUUAACUAAGAAAAAAAAUAAUCUGUAUGUAAAUGAGAAAGGAAUGGAAGAAAAAAUAAUAACUGCUUGAUUUUAAACAAAGGACGUUUCUUUAAAAGCCAACACGUACUUCAUGUGGAACAUUAUUUGUCUUCAGAGAAAUAAUAUUUUGCUGCAUGUGACGUCACCUUAUUUUAAACGCUUUCCUUUCAUUUUCCUCCUAAUUCAAAUACACUGUAAUACAAUUAGAGAGAUGGUACUUCUGUCUUUGAUAGCACUCAUAAUAACCCAACCAUGUGUCAUCUAUAACUGUUUUUAUUUAGUUUUUUACGAACAUGAAAGCAGACGCACAGUGAGGUGCUGACGUCGUCCCCCAGUGUAACCUGCAGAGCAUCUCGUUGUGUUUCCUCCUAACUGCUAGCGGCCCUGUGUGUGUGAAACAUCAAAUACAAAUGUCUAUAUGUAAGCCCAUCAUGCACACUAGCCGUGUACGUUUAAGCUUUUAGGUCUGCUGUGAUUUUAAAAAGGGGACUUUUAUUUUGACGGUUGAUGACUUUUAUCUUUAUUUAACAGGUUGUAUUUACAUGAGAACACAGAACGUCAUUUUUAGCCCCAUUAUCCAAUUUGUAUUAAUGGCUAAAUCCCACAUGGUUAGAAAUCUGAUAUACAGUUCAUGUGAAAUUUAAUUUCUUCUCUCUGUAUGUCUUUUUUCAUACGAAACCACCUUAAGCAUCCUUUGCUGAUGAUAAAUCUGGUACCAACAUGUAUGACGAACCAACAUAGCCUACACUGGAUGAUCAAAGUAAUUAUUUAAGCAGAAAAAUAAAUUGUGUUUAAACUGA